AUGAGUGCGGACCCGGAGGCACAUAGGAAACGGCUGUGCCAAGAAGCGGGCAAGCAGCUCGCGAAGGCACAGCAAGGUCAAAACUUCGACGAGCUGACGCAGGCCGUGGCUGCGGCAGAGAAAUGCGGCAUUCGCAUGGAGGAGAUCGAGAAGGAGGCGGCGGUUUUCUCCAAGCAGUACGAGGAGGAUGCCGUUGAGGUUCGCCGGGCCAUGAACAGCAAGGACGAGGACGCCAUGGUCUCCGCUCUGCGAGCUGCAGAGGCGAAGGGCUUCGAAGAUUCGUUCUUGAUGGGCGAACUCAAGGAGAAGUUGGCUGAGCUGCAGGCGGCACGUGCUGCCGCAGCGCGUCGCUCUGCUGCAGAGUCCCAGCUGGAGCGUGCCUUGGGGGAGGACUCGAAAAGCCUGGAGAAGGCCAUCGCCGAGGCAGCUGUCAGUGGCUUGAGCUUGUCGCAGCUGGCACCGGCGCGCAAACGUAAAGCAGAGAUCGAGGACCAGCGACGCCGUGAGCAGGGGCGGGAGGUUUUGGCCCGCCGGCUCAAAGCGGCGACUCGCACAGGGAACCCGAAGAUCCUGGCGCAGGUCAUCGCUGCAGCCGAGCGUGCCGGCGUGAGUAAGGAGGAGGUCCGCUCUGCUCAGGAGAUGGCAGACCGCUGGGCGGCGGAGGCCCGAGGCAAAGCACCGGAGGAGGCACCGAAGGAGCCACUGCCAGGUCCAGAGCCCAAGGUGCGGCGGGUGAACCAGGAACCGGACGCGGCCUCAGUCCUUGCCUUGGCCACCAUCGGCAAGGAUGUGGCAGCUUUGGAGUCCGCGCUCUCCAUCGCCAGGUCACAGGCUUCCGAGGUGGACGAGGCAGAUCUGCACAUCGCCCACCGGCGCCUCGAGGCCUUGCGGAAGGCGCGCUAA